AUGUCGCAAGUCACGGGCUUUCAGCACGGCGAGCGGGACUACACCAAGCUGGAGGGCGACACGGGCCCCCUCGUCUACCCUGCAGGGUUCCUCCUCUCCUUCUCUGCUCUCAAGUGGAUAACCGGGGGAAUCGUGGCAAACGCUCAGGUGGCCUUCCUCGUCCUCUAUCUCAUCAACCUCCUCAUGGUCUUCGCCAUCUACAUCCGCACACAGGCGGUGCCCCCCUGGGUGCUCGUGCUGCUGUGUCUCUCCAAGCGUCUACACUCCAUCUUCCUGCUCCGCCUCUUCAACGACUGUCUCGCCAUGGCUUUCCUUCACGCCUCGCUCCUCAGACUCCAGUCAUCCAGAUGGAUCCCUGCAGUGCUUCUAUUCAGUGCAGGCGUGUCAGUCAAGAUGAACGUGCUCCUCUUCCUCCCUCCUCUGCUUCUCAUCAUGGCAAAGACCCUUCCUUUGGUUCAAAUCGUGGCUCUUCUUGGUGCAGCAGUCGGCUUUCAGCUUCUGGUUGGCUGGCCAUUCAUCGGCACCUUCCCUCAAGCCUACUUUGGCCGGGCAUUUGACCUCGGACGAGUCUUCAUACACUUCUGGUCUGUCAACUUCAAGUUUGUCCCAGAGUCAACUUUUGUCUCCAAGCCCUUUGCUCUCUCGCUCCUGGCGCUGCAUCUUCUGCUGCUGUUGCUCUUCUGCCACUUCUGCUGGUGCAAGUACGAGGGGGGCAUGUUCCGAGUGGCCAUCGCUGCUCUGCUCUCCCCGAUCAAAAGACUGCAGACUCGCCCUCUACAUCCUGACCAUAUCACCUACCUGAUGCUCGUCGGUAACUUUAUCGGCAUCUUCUGUGCUCGCAGCCUCCAUUACCAGUUCUAUUCCUGGUACUACUUCUCCAUUCCAUACCUCCUAUGGGUUUCUCCUCUUCCCACACCACUUAGACUGCUUCUCUGGCUGACCAUCGAGUUGUGUUGGAACAUCUACCCCUCCACCCCGGCCUCCUCCCUCUCCCUGCUCCUCACGCACCUUUCCCUCCUCCUCGCCCUCUGGAUGGCCCCCCCCCGCCUGCCCUUCGGAGCAGACGAGCAGUCCUGGCAGGGGCAGGGGGGAGGGGGGAAGGUAGAGGGUGGUGCAAUGGGGGAGAUGGAGGGUAUGGGGAAGGAGGAGCGGGAGGCCAUGUGGCAGCAGUAUGUGGAGCAGAUGACACGAGAGGCUGAAGCUGCUGCUGCUGCAGAGGCAGCCGCCGAGGGGACAAAAGGAGCAGAGGGAUCAGGAGCAGGAGCGGGGGGGGAUGGGAAGGGAGCAGAGGGAGAGAAGCGAAAGGCAGAGUAA